GCCUUCACCUUAACUUCAUGCAUUUCUUAGAUUUACCCCUGGACAUCCUUCCUUUGGUUCUCUCUCACCUUCAGAAUACCCACCAUCUGGCUCUCACGUGUCGCGUUGAUAAAACCUUCUACCAGUUUGCUGCUCCAAUAUUAUAUGAGCGUAUUUCCAUAUAUUCCUGGCAUAAACAUGGGAAGACAAAGGUAAUCCAGUUGUUUGACACCCUGUCCCAAUAUCUGCGUCUUGCCCAAUAUGUUCGUCGACUCGAGAUUCGCGACUUCCCCAAAGCCCUCCCUCAUGAUGGUAUUAAUAUAAUGGAGGUGGUUAUUUCUGGUAUCAGGAACUGCACCAAUCUGAGGUCCUGCACUUGGACCCGUGACGGCUCUCUGAAUUCUGAAAUACUAGAGGCAUUCCUCUGUUCCACGGAACUACGUGAACUAGAAAUCAACGGUCACAACGAUGGAAAUUAUGACCCAAAUAUCUUGAGAUCCUUCAACAAACUUGGACAAAUAUCUCUGAUUAUGCCCAGCUCAUCGGUUGUUGCCAUGUUGCCAUCCUGGAUGUCUGUUACGGGCACGAGCCUCCACAGUUUGACUCUGAUAUGCAAGUCGUCGCCUAUCAUAACGGACACCGUCCUAGAAUCAAUGGCGGCGGAUCUUCAGUACUUGCAAUACUUCUAUAUAACCGGCUGCCCAAAGGUCUCUCAUCAUGGUAUAUGGUCUAUCCUCUCUGUCAAUCCAUCCAUAUACGGUCUUGGCCUCGAAGGAUUAUCCCCGAAAUUUAAUAUGCAUGAACUCGCGCGAUUGUGUUCUCGGUCACCUGUUCUUCAUCAGCUACGAUCAAUAACUCUUACUAUAAACCAACAGACGCCUCUACAGACAUGGAUGGCAGAUGUGCUACAGUUCCUGACCUUUUCUCCUCUCGAGGUCUUCCAGAUAUAUUCUACUGGUGCAUUUUUUGAGUCACCGAUGACUUGCGACUUUUGGAGGGAGAUAAUCAACACACAUGGAGCGCGCUUGAAGCGAUUUUCGGCUCAUCGGAUGCUCGUCGGACUGGAAUCCAUAGAAGACAUAUGCCGAAGAUGCCCCAACCUAGAGCAGCUCUUUGUUGUUAUCGAACAAGGGUCAUUGGUUGCUCUUCAAUCAUGUCUCCCGAUGGCUACAAAGCUGAAAGCUCUACACAUCAACUACCCUGUCGAGGCGCAUACCGAAUCGUUGCCUGUUCUCUUACCUUCUGAAGCCCUUCAGAUCGUACAGCAAUGCAGCACAUCAUUAACACAAAUAGGUUGCAAUGCCAAAGUUUGGCAGGUUGAGCGAAACAUUGAGAUCGAUUCCUCUGGAUGCCUGCAUACACGACGCUAUCUGUCGAAGUAUGAAAGCCCUGAUAUCCCCGAACCAUUCUUAGUCGUCCGUACAUGAAUCCAACCGUAGUAGAAGCCAUACCUUGAGUGAAACCUGUCGUUACUUACACCAAUGCUAUAUAAACCAUGAUGAAGCCA